AUGUCCGACGCUAUAUCUUCCUUUCUCCGGAAAGUCAUUAUUGAGUCUCCUCCCGGAGAAUGGGCUAUGCGCCAGCUUCGCGAGCUUCUCAUCGGUGCCCUGAAGCAAGGCCCUAUCCCCCAACAUGUGUCCUUCGAGAUGGACGGAAACCGGCGGUAUGCUCGAAGCCACCGAAUGGAGACGGUGGAGGGUCAUCAUCAUGGAUUUGAGGCCCUGGCUAGGAUUAUGGAGAUUUGCUACAAGUGCGGCGUGAAAGUCGUCACAGUUUACGCCUUCAGUAUCGAGAACUACAAUCGCCCGAAAUACGAGGUCGAGGGCCUUAUGCAGCUGGCCAAGGUCAAGCUGGAACAGUUGACCAACUACGGCCACAUUCUCGAUCGUUACGGUGCCCGUGUCCGCGUCCUGGGCCAGCGCGAUAUGAUUCGAGCCGAUGUUUUGGAGGUUGUUGACAAGGCUGUCGCAAGAACCAAGCACAACAACAAGGCCGUGUUGAACAUUUGCUUCCCCUACACAUCGAGAGCUGAGAUGACCACCGCAGUCAGAUCAACGGUGCAAGAGUUCCUUGCUCCCACUCCUCCCCGAAGCACACCAUUCUCCCCUUCUCGUAUUAGGCAAAAGAUCCUGUCGCGCCAGCUGGACGGCCGCGAAGGUCUGCCCACGAUCCCCGAUGUUCUGCCCGAGGACUCGGAGCCUUUGGAUGGCGAUGAUGCCAAGAAAGACAGUGAUGGGGAUUCGUCAUCGCCCACACUGCACCCAGACUCACCCCCACCUCGCAUCAGGGCGAGAAACAGCGCAGCCAGCCUCUCUGGCCUGCCAAACCCCGAGACGAUCACAGCCGAGACACUCGACAAGCAUAUGUACACAGCAAGCGACCCCCCUCUAGAUAUCUUUGUUCGAACUAGCGGAGUGGAACGCCUCAGCGAUUUUAUGCUCUGGCAGUGCCACCAGGACACUCAGAUCUUUUUCAUUGACACUCUGUGGCCCGACUUUGAUCUCCACGACUUCAUCUGGAUCUUGUUGGAGUGGCAGUGGCGGCAGAAGCAGAAGGAUCGCGAAGAGGCGCCGGUCCGGGCGGCAACUGUUACGGCGUGA